AUGGAAACAGUUUCUCAAUAGAUGAAAAAUCUGAAUUAGAAAAAUCAGGAACUGGCUGCUCUUGAGAACCGAUUGAUUUAACUGAAACAAUAACUCAAUUUACAAGAAGCUAACAAUAAUAUUGUUUAGGCCAAAGUAGAAAAGAUCGUCAAUGCUAAGAAAUAGAAAUUUGAAGAUCAAAUGGAAGUAUGCUUUGAUGGUAAUUAAAUAGCUCAGCAAAAUCAUGGAAGUAAACAAUAAUAAUGAUAAUGGAUUCCAAAAUUUAAUUAGAAGAAACAAACAACAAUAGCAAGAGGAAACAAAAAAGAUGAAAUAAGAUAUGCUUGAUGAGAAGUGCUUGAAGACUGCAUUGGUGAAAUAACAAUUGCAAUUGUAGAUGUAUCAAAACAAAAAGAAAAAAGAAGAAGAACUUUUAGAGAAAUAACAACAAUAUGCUAGAGUAAAUUGUAUUCUUUAAUAAGGUAGAUUUCUGAAUGGGAGUUUAAUAUGAAACAAGAUUUGGAAUAGAAGAAAGCAGAAAGAAUAGAGAGAAUUAAAUAAGAAUAAAAUUUAUUUAAAGAUUAAAUUGCAAAACGAUUGUAAGAGUAAUAGGCAAUGUGCGAUUAGAUGAGCACAGAAGAAUAGAGAUUGCUUAAGUAAUUUAUUUAUAGAAUUGAUUUAAGCAAAUUAAAGGAUUCUCAACUACAUGGCAACAAUUUGAAAAACAAUCUAAUGACGGCAUUAAAUUUAAGCAUUAAAGAAUACAAUAACAUCUCUGGAUUGCGACCCUAAAAUUCUAAGUCUUAUAGUUUAUAGAAAUUGCCAAAGGAGUCAUAGAAUAGUCCUUAUGCUCAAUUGCCCACUAUGUUGUAGUUGAAAGUAAAUGGACAGCUAAGCAAUUACUUGAAUAGUAAUUCAUCAUUUCGUGAAUCUUUAAUGAAAGAGUAUCAAUUUUCACUUCCCUCCUUAUGUAAACCAUCUUUUAAUGAACAAUAAUAAUAAGUAGAUCGAUUGUACCAAUCCAAGCCAAUAAAGAAUAGCAAACAAGAUUUGCAAUAUAUUCUCAAUUUUUGCAAUAAUAAAAGCAAAUCUUCUUAGACUAAAUAGAAAGGUCGGAUGAAUUAAAGUGAACUUCUCUCUUCAGAUAACCAUUCUAUCUCCUCAAAACAAAAUCGAACAAUAUCUCAACAACAAUCAAUUAGUAAAUAGCAAUCCAAAGAUUUAGAAAAAAACAAUUAGAGUCAAUAAUAAUCUAACUGA